UCUGUGGGCUGAUUUCGGCUGCUAUGUAUAAGUUGGUAUGAUACGAAGGGAGUAGAGAUUGAUCCGAGGCACAGAGGCGAAGAAACCCAAGUUGCUCUACUCUCCUUCAAUCCUCCUUUUAACAUCAAGUUUCUCGGGCCUUUGUAGAACCUGCAAAUCCAAGUUUUUGCUCUCUACAACCGUUUUUGAGAGUGCAAGAUGGCAGCAACAUCGUCGACUACAAUUACAAUCGGAUCAUCUGCCUCAAUUGGCUCAAAAGCAAUCCCACUUUCACGGUCGAAGUGUUUUGGUGUGUCAUUCAACUCCCAGAACUAUCUUAAGAGUUUCAGUGGCCUGAAGGCAGCAUCUUCAAUCAGCUGUGAAUCAGAGGCAUCCUUCUUAGGCAAGGAAAGUAGUGCAGCUCUUCGAAACUCUUUUGCACCAAAAGCUGGAAAGCAAAACCUGAGGCAUCAGUACUACCUACAGCCCCAGGCCUCAUCGUCCAAAGUGGCAAUUCUUGGAGCUGCUGGAGGGAUAGGUCAGCCCCUAGCACUCCUAAUCAAGAUGUCCCCAUUAGUUUCUGCCCUUCACCUUUAUGAUAUAGCAAAUGUUAAGGGAGUUGCUGCUGAUCUCAGUCACUGCAAUACUCCUGCUCAAGUGCUGGACUUUACAGGAACUUCUGAAUUAGCCAAUUCUUUGAAAGGUGUGGACGUGGUUGUUAUACCUGCAGGAGUUCCGAGAAAGCCAGGUAUGACCCGUGAUGACCUCUUCAACAUCAAUGCCAACAUAGUGAAGACCUUGGUUGAGGCUGUUGCUGACAACUGCCCUGAUGCCUUCAUCCACAUUAUCAGCAAUCCAGUUAAUUCUACAGUGCCCAUCGCUGUGGAAGUUUUGAGGCGGAAGGGUGUCUAUGAUCCAAAGAAGGUUUUUGGUGUUACUACACUGGAUGUUGUGAGGGCAAACACAUUUGUUGCUCAGAAGAAGAACCUGAGGCUCAUUGAUGUAGAUGUCCCUGUUGUUGGGGGACAUGCUGGGAUAACCAUUCUGCCCCUGCUGUCAAAGACAAAGCCCUCAGUAAGUUUCACUGAUGAAGAAGUGGAAGAACUAACUGUUAGAAUCCAAAAUGCUGGAACAGAAGUUGUGGAGGCAAAGGCAGGAGCAGGGUCUGCUACACUGUCAAUGGCAUAUGCAGCAGCAAGAUUCGUUGAGUCAUCCCUCCGUGCACUGGAUGGGGACACGGAUGUCUAUGAGUGCGCCUAUGUACAGUCGGAGCUGACUGAGCUUCCUUUCUUUGCCUCAAGGGUUAAGAUUGGAAAGAAAGGGGUUGAAGCCGUGAUUUCUAGUGACCUCCAAGGGUUGACUGAGUAUGAAGAGAAGGCUUUGGAAGCCCUCAAGCCAGAACUGAAGGCCAGCAUUGAGAAGGGGGUGGCUUUUGCACAAAAGCAAACAGUGACAGCUUAAACUUCAGUUUUAAAGCACUAACCACAUCAAUACAAUUUGGGAAUAAUGUUGUGGAUUCAUCAUUGCAUUUGUGCUUUCAAUUUUGUAGAAUUGAAGUUUCUUGUUUGCUUUGCCAUUUGAGUUUGGUAAGGAUGAACAUAGAGUAUGUUGUAGUUUCAACCAACAUAAUUGUUCUCAUUGGGAACUUGUUCUGCUUGAUUGUUCUGAAAUAUGCCUAGUGCUUUGCAUCA